AAAUAUUUAGUCCACCUGUUAUCCAGAGUCAAUCAGGUGAUAGUCGGAUCCACACUGAAGCUGAGUGCUGAGUUUUAUUGAGUUUACUGAGCUGCAGUCGAGUCUCUUGCAGCGCUGCAGCUUGUGGCGAGGCUGACGGGUCGAUUUCUGUCCGCCCUCAUUCAUUUAUCUCAGGAUCUGGAGCAGGGACUGGGUGCAAGGCGUGCUGUAAGUUGAACUUUGAUUAGAACUAUUUGCCAGGUGGUGUGCAAAGGUUCUCCAACGAGAAGUUCACUGUUCAGACGGCGUUUGCAAGGAGAGCAUCAAUGGCUUCUGCGUGGCAACGCGUCCAGUCUGCAUACCAGAGGAUAGUGGACAAUGGAGACAAGAGGACGGACCCAUGGCUGCUGGUCUACUCCCCCGUCCCCGUGUCACUCAUCUUCCUGGUUUACCUCUGUGUGGUCUGGGUGGGCCCCCGUCUGAUGAAACACAGACAACCCGUUGACCUCCGAGUCGUUCUCAUUGUUUACAACUUCACCAUGGUCGGCCUGUCUGCCUACAUGUUCCAUGAGUUCCUGGUCACAUCCUGGCUCUCAAACUACAGCUACCUCUGCCAGCCUGUAGAUUACAGCACCAGCCCCUUGGCAAUGAGGAUGGCCAAAGUUUGCUGGUGGUUUUUCUUCUCCAAGAUCAUAGAGCUCAGCGACACGCUCUUCUUUAUCCUGAGGAAGAAGAACAGUCAGGUGACGUUCCUUCACGUUUACCACCACGCCACCAUGAUCUUCAACUGGUGGGCAGGAGUCAAAUAUGUGGCCGGAGGACAGUCGUUCUUCAUCGGCCUGGCCAACACCUUCGUCCACAUCGUGAUGUAUUCCUACUACGGCCUGGCUGCCAUCGGCCCUCACAUGCAGAAGUACCUGUGGUGGAAGAGAUACCUCACGUCUCUGCAGCUGCUGCAGUUUCUGCUCUUCCUCCUGCACACGGGCUACAACCUGUUCACAGAGUGCGACUUCCCGGACUCCAUGAACAUGGUGGUGUUUGGUUACUGCAUCACCCUCAUCAUCCUCUUCAGUAAUUUCUAUUAUCAGAGCUACCUCAGUAAGAAGAAGCAGAAAUGAGACACAGAUGUUUCCCGUGUCUGCAGUACUCACUUGCAUCCACUAGAGGGAACAACAUGCCCGCAGUUUUCGCUCUUGGUGCUCAUCAUCGAGUGUCAGUGCAACCCUACAGCCAAACUUCAAUAGAUGACAGAAAGCACAUGUGAACAACCUAAGGACUUUCUAGAGUGUGUCAAAGAAGAGACAGCACGUGAUCAUUCAGUUAUUUAUUUCUUAAAUUGAGAAAUGACAAACAUU